AAUCAUGUCGGCAUUCAAAAGUAACGCGUUUGUGCUCUUUACGCUUGUUACGGUGCGUGUUCAAUCCGCUCUGUGGUCCAUCAUUUCCGAUUGUGAUGAAACGUUCAACUACUGGGAGCCGUUGCACUAUCUGCUGAAGGGUAGCGGAUUUCAAACUUGGGAGUACAGUCCGGAGUUUGCCCUACGGUCGUACAGCUAUCUGUGGCUGCAUGCUUUACCGGCCAACAUUGUUAGCCUGCUGGUGGAUAAUGGUGUUGUGAUUUUCUACGCAGUACGGUGCAUGUUGGCUGUAGUGUGUGCCUGGCUUGAGUAUCGUCUGUACAAGGUUUUAGGACGGAAAUGUGGUGGUGGCGUUUGCAAUCUGUGGCUAUUUUUCCAACUAGUAAAUGCCGGAAUGUUCAUAUCGAGCGCUGCUCUGUUGCCAAGCAGUUUCUCGUUGUAUAUUACCCUAGCAACGAUUGCGGCAUGGUUGAACGGUGAUGCAAAGACGGCAAUUGCUGUAACGGCGUUUUCCGGCUUGAUUGGAUGGCCUUUCGCAGUAAUUGUGGCGAUUCCGUUUGCGCUAGAGCAACUGUUUUGGAAAAAGCAGAUUGUGAAUUUCAUGAAAAAUGCACUGCUUUACGGGUGUCUGUUUGGCAUUCCAAUUGUACUGAUCGACAGUCUGUACUUUGGCACUUUCACGGUGGCUGCAUUGAACAUAAUCCGCUACAACGUAUUCACCUCCCAUGGCCCCGAUCUGUACGGAGUGGAACCGGUGAUGUUUUAUGCGAAAAACCUGUUCCUCAACCAUAACAUAACCCUGGUACUCAGUGUGUCCUAUCCAGUGGUGGUAGUGGCAGCGGCAGUGCUUGGUGUAAGGAACACCAAAAAUCGCCUCUCACCAAUGCAAGGGCUGUGGCUGAUGUCACCGCUAUAUCUGUGGUUGUUGGUGUUUGUCGUUCAGCCUCACAAAGAAGAACGCUUCCUUUUCCCUGUGUAUCCAUUCUUCGCGCUUGGCACUGCACUGCUGCUGGAUCAAACGUUCUCCCAUAUGAAACGUGCGUUCGGUCAACCCAGGUCCACAUGGGCAAACCGUACAAUGGGUUUUGUCGUCCUAGGGACUGCAUUCGCCUUAGGAUUCUCACGUAUGUGUGCAAAUUUAAGCAAUUACCGAGCGCCGCUGCUGAUUCUAAACGAACUGCCGGGAACAAAUCAGGAAACGAACAUUUGCUACGCUAAAGAAUGGUACCGCUUCCCUGGAAGCUUUUUCCUUCCACCCAACUACCGCGCACGCUUCGUAGAGUCCAGUUUCACCGGAAUGCUGCCCGCCUACUAUGAGGAAACUGAAAAUGGUACCCAAAUCGUGCACGACUACUUCAAUGAUCAGAACAAGGGACAUCCACAUAUGCUGUUUGAGUUGAACCGAUGCGAUUAUCUGGUAGAUUUUGAUACUGGCGCUUUGUACGAUGAGAAAAACAAGGAACCAAACUAUUCCGCUGACAGGGAAACAUGGGCAAUUGUUGAGAGUAUACCAUUUCUGAAUGCGGCCAGAUCGGAUUUGUUCGCUAGGUCUUAUUACUUGCCAAUAUUUACAGAUCCAUACAAAGUGUACGGGAAGUAUAACUUGUUGCAGCGUAAAAAGGUUGACUAA